AUGUUGGAUGACAACUGGAUUAGUGCUAUGCAGGAAGAGUUAAAUCAAUUUACUAGGAAUGAUGUGUGGUACUUGGUACCUAGACCUGGAAAUUGUAAUGUAAUUGACACUAAGUGGAUCUUCAGGAAUAAGAGUGAUGAAAAAGGGAAUGUAAUCAGGAAUAAAGCUAGGUUAGUGGCUCAAGAUUACUCAGAAGUUGAAGGUCUUGACUUUGAUAAAACUUUUGCUCCUGUUGCUGGAUUAGAAUCUGUGAGACUGCUUCUAGCAGUAGCCUGUCAUCUAAGAUUCAAAUUAUUUCAAAUGGAUGUCAAAACUGUCUUCCUGAAUGGGAUACUGCAGGAAGAGUUUACGUGGAACAACCUCAAGGUUUUAAAGAUCCACAUAAUCUGGACCAUGUCUACAGACUUAAGAAAGCUCUGUAUGGGCUGA